AUGUAUAGCUUUGAUUUUCGAUAUAAAUACCUUUCGAUUGUACAAUCAUUGGAUGGAAUGUGGAUAAACAACGUACUAAUAUUCACAUCAACUAUUUUAUGCUAUUACUAUAUAUCCAAAUAUAAUACCCCUGAAACUCCUUCACGGGAACUAGAAUGGGGUGAUAUCAACGUGAUACAUACCACUGAUACUCACGGCUGGCUAGCUGGCCAUAGAAAGUCUAGCGAACCAGAGCCAAAUGGUAGCGGUGAUUGGGGAGAUUACGCGUCUUUUGUGCAACAUAUGCGUCAUAUUUCUGAUCAGAAAGGUGUUGAUCUGCUUGUAAUCGAUAGCGGUGAUUUACAUGACGGAAGUGGACUAUCAGAUGCCUUUGAACCUGGUGGCAUCAAUGGGCAUGAUACGAACAAAAUAUUUACCAUGCUUGAUAUUGAUGUGCUAACAAUCGGGAAUCAUGGUUUAUAUAAUGCGGAUGUUACAUUAGAUAUAUUCAAGAAUUUCGCACCAGCUUGGCAAGAACGCUAUUUGACUUCGAACACUAAUAUUACCGAUCCAUCUUCAAAUACAUCGGUACCAAUAGGAGAACGCUUUUUAAAGCAUUAUACUAGACACGGUCGGAAAGUCACUGCAUUUGGAUUAUUAUUUGAUUUUCCAAAUCCUAAUUGGAGAGUUCAAUUACAAUCAAUUGACGACAUGAUCAAAGAAAAGUGGUUUCAAGAGGCUAUAGAUGAAAAGCCUGAUUUCUUCUUACUUGUCGCGCACAUGGCAAUAAAUGAUUUAAAAUGGCAAUUAAUAAUAGACACGCUUAAAUCCAAACAUCCAAAUACACCAGUGAUAGGUUUAGGUGGUCAUCAGCAUAUUAGAGAUUGUGUUUAUAACUUUAAAGAUAAAAGAGAUGUUCGCAUGGCUAGCGGUCAAUUUUUAGAGACUAUUGGGUGGUUAAGCGCAAAUAUUAGCGACAAUGGUGAAAUGCAUAUUUCACGUAAAUAUUUAGAUGCUAAUCCAAUUGGAUAUGCGUGGCAUUUAGGUAUAAAUACAUCUGAAUUACUGACAACUCUUGGAAGAGAAAUUAAAAUGAAGAUUGGACAGUUAUGGCAUAAAUUUGCUCUUGGAAGCAUGGUCGGAAAGUUAGAUAGAGAUUUAUACUUAAAUCGAGUCCCCGCAGAGCAUCCUGAUUCAAUUAUACGCUGGUUGAAAGAUAAAGUUUUACCAGAUUUCGUAAAGAAUGAAGACCGUAAAGAUAUACCAAAAAUAAUUUUGCUCAAUUCUGGCGCCAUACGUUAUGAUCUUUAUAGUGGGGAGGUAAAUAAGAAUGAUCUAUUUACUGCGUUUCCAUUCGUUAAUACAUUACCUUAUGUGAGAGACGUACCGUAUGGUGUAGCCAAGAAGAUGUUGAAAACAUUAAAUGAGUUACCAGGUCAUCCAUUCCUGACUAAUAAUAACCAAGAAGAAAUUAGAUUGACUAGAACUUCUAUUGGAUAUGUAACAAAUGAUACUUGUCCUGGCUUUGGUGAUGAUGUUAUACAUGAAAAGAUAGAGUAUUAUGAACAUUCUCCGUGCUUUGGAACCGAUCUAGAAGUAUUAGAGGAUUCUGACUUCGUUGACGUAGUAUUUCUAUCAUUCUUAUGGCCAUCCAUUGAAAAGGCAUUAAAUAUCAUAAGUCCUGAAAAGCAAUAUGAAUUCGAAGAAACAUAUACAAAUUUGACUAUUAGAGAAGUAGUUUCAGAAUACUUAAAAUCUACCUUAUAA